UACCAGACCUUCCAGAGAGUUAUUGAGAAUGCUAAUGUGAUCAUGGCUACAUAUGAGGAUCCACUUCUUGGUGAUGUGCAAGUGUACCCUGAGAAGGGAACAGUUGCUUUCUCUGCUGGUUUGCACGGUUGGGCUUUCACCCUGACCAACUUUGCAAAGAUGUACGCCUCUAAAUUUGGAGUGGAUGAGUCAAAAAUGAUGGAGAGACUUUGGGGCGAGAACUUCUUCGACCCUGCCACCAAGAAAUGGACCAGCAAGAACACUGGAUCUGCAACAUGCAAACGUGGAUUUGUUCAGUUCUGCUAUGAACCUAUCAAGCAGAUUAUUGCUACUUGCAUGAAUGACCAGAAGGACAAGCUAUGGCCUAUGUUGCAGAAGCUUGGAGUUGUCAUGAAAUCUGAAGAGAAGGAUCUUAUGGGUAAAGCAUUGAUGAAGCGAGUCAUGCAAACAUGGCUCCCAGCUAGCAGUGCUCUUUUGGAAAUGAUGAUCUUUCAUCUCCCUUCCCCAGCCACGGCACAAAAGUAUCGUGUUGAGAACUUGUAUGAAGGUCCACUAGACGAUGCUUAUGCUAGUGCCAUCAGAAAUUGUGACCCUGAGGGACCUCUUAUGCUUUAUGUAUCAAAGAUGAUUCCUGCAUCGGACAAGGGCAGGUUCUUUGCCUUUGGUCGUGUCUUCUCUGGGAAGGUUUCAACUGGUUUGAAAGUUAGAAUCAUGGGUCCAAACUAUGUCCCUGGAGAGAAGAAAGACUUGUAUGUGAAGAGUGUCCAGAGAACUGUCAUUUGGAUGGGAAAGAAGCAAGAAACAGUGGAGGAUGUGCCUUGUGGUAAUACGGUUGCCAUGGUUGGGUUGGAUCAAUUUAUCACCAAGAAUGCUACUCUGACAAAUGAGAAGGAAGUUGAUGCUCAUCCAAUCCGAGCCAUGAAAUUUUCUGUAUCUCCUGUGGUGCGUGUGGCUGUUCAGUGUAAGGUGGCAUCUGAUCUUCCCAAGCUUGUGGAAGGCCUUAAACGUUUGGCUAAGUCAGACCCUAUGGUCGUGUGUUCCAUGGAGGAAUCUGGUGAGCACAUUGUCGCUGGUGCUGGAGAGCUACAUCUUGAGAUCUGUCUGAAGGAUUUGCAAGAUGAUUUCAUGGGUGGAGCUGAAAUCAUAAAAUCUGACCCUGUUGUCUCUUUCCGUGAAACUGUCCUUGAGAGGUCAUGCCGCACAGUGAUGAGCAAAUCCCCCAACAAACACAAUCGUCUGUACAUGGAAGCACGACCCCUGGAGGAAGGACUGGCAGAGGCUAUUGACGAUGGUCGCAUAGGCCCACGAGAUGAUCCUAAAAUUCGGUCUAAAAUUUUGGCGGAGGAGUUUGGUUGGGACAAGGAUCUCGCGAAGAAGAUUUGGUGCUUUGGUCCUGAGACUACUGGCCCCAACAUGGUGGUUGAUAUGUGUAAGGGAGUUCAAUACCUGAAUGAAAUCAAGGACUCCGUGGUGGCAGGUUUCCAAUGGGCGUCUAAAGAAGGUGCGUUGUCUGAAGAAAACAUGAGAGGCAUCUGUUUUGAAGUGUGUGAUGUGGUUCUUCAUGCUGAUGCCAUCCACAGAGGAGGUGGUCAAGUUAUUCCCACAGCUAGGAGGGUGAUUUACGCAUCUCAGUUGACAGCCAAACCCAGACUUCUUGAGCCAGUGUACCUGGUGGAAAUUCAGGCCCCGGAGCAAGCUUUGGGAGGUAUUUACAGUGUUCUUAACCAGAAGCGUGGACAUGUGUUCGAGGAAAUGCAGAGGCCUGGUACCCCUCUCUACAACAUCAAGGCAUAUCUCCCUGUCAUUGAGUCGUUCGGAUUCUCGAGCACUCUGAGAGCUGCAACUUCUGGCCAGGCUUUCCCUCAGUGUGUGUUUGACCAUUGGGACAUGAUGUCCUCAGAUCCAUUAGAAAGUGGCUCCCAAGCUGCACAGUUGGUUGCUGAUAUCCGUAAGAGGAAGGGAUUGAAGGAGCAGAUGACUCCAUUGUCAGAGUUCGAAGACAAGCUUUAAAUCACUCGUUUGGUUGAAUUUUCAACACAACCUUAUGAAUCCGCGGGCGGAGAGGUUCUCUAAUUAGUUCCCUAUUUUUAUCUUGUCAUCGUAUAGGACGAAAGCCUAUCUUUUUGGAGAUGCUUUUUUUUUUUUCUUUUUUUCCCCUUUUUCGACUGUUUUUAUUUUUCGUUUUGCGUGUUUGUAUGGACUACUCAGGUACUUUUGUUAUUGAAAUAUGUUUUGUGGGUCAAUGUUCUGAAUA